AUGGCUGUACUUAUCUCCAAAUGGGUUUCGAUCAUUCUUGUUGAUGGAGGCAUCAUUUCGAACUGCUUUAUAGACACACCCUUUGUUUACCGGAACAAAACUCAGGACGUCAGCCCGUUUACCGACGCCGUUUCUGAAGAAAAAGUCGCCCAGUGUCUCGAGGCCCGCAAAAAAAUGCAUUUGAUUCCACUUGAAGUUGUGGAACGCAAGUGGCUCGAGUCCGGUUCGCAGCUGAAGAAGUUUGCUCGUAUGUGCAUCAUCCCUGUUAGCCAUCCAAUUCGCAAACAGUUAUGGCCUCGACUGAUUAACCUGCGUUUCGUCGUCUACCUUAUGUGUUAUGAUAGCGAUCUUUUUGUGGAUACUUUGUGCGCUCUCUCGAGGCCUGGUAACGAAUCCAUCAACUACUCUACUGCAAGCGAAGCCUUUCAAGAGAAAAAUAUGCCAAGACCCUAUUGA